UCCCCUUGGGCUAUUUCCAAUUGCGAGGAAGGGAAGCCAAAAACCCUAAUUGACUUUGGCCAGCUUUCGAUUCCCUCCCCCGAGUCCUGUAAUGCAUCGAAGCGCCAGAUCUCUCUUCCGAAGAUCCGUCUCCCUCAAUCUUUUUGAGCUUUCAUUGAAACCUUCAGCUCAAGUUCUACCCAAAGUUCUUCCUUCAAUCUCCGACCGUUGUUCCUCCCUCCAAAAACCUUACUUUUCGCCCUCCCAAAUCUCCAGUCCCUGCGCUCUCACGCUUCAUCCUACGACGCCAAAUCCUCUUCUCCUCCGUGGCUUUUGUAGCAACAAGCCAAUCGAUUACGGCAAAGAGGUAGACGAAAUCAACAUCAAGUUCGCAGAAGCUCGGGAGGAGAUCGACGCGGCUCUGGAGUCAAAGGAAACGGUCUACUUCGACGAGGAAUCUGAGUGUGCCCGCGAGGCUGUAAAGUCUGUUUUCGACAUGUUCGAGAGCUUGCUUGCGAGGUUGCCAGAGAAGGAUAAAUCGGCUCUGAAAAACUCGAUGGGGCUUAAGAUGGAGCAGCUUAAGGCUGAGCUACGUCAGCUUGAUGAUUGAUUAGUCAAGGUUUGCCUUCUUGUUCAUCCAGUCCCG